AUGUACCACCAAUCCUACGAAGUCACUUACCAAAAUAAUUGUGAUACGACAACAAGUGGCAAUUUAGUGACGCCUUUUUCUGUGAAGGAUAUUUUGAGCAUGAACAUGCAAACUGACAGUGAAUAUUGUUUGAAAAAGGAUAAUUUCGCACCCAUCCAGGAACAAUAUUGGGACGUUCCGCUGUACAAUUCCAACGACCAGACAGGCAGUUGUUACUACAACAGUGACGAUACUGCAAAUUCCUAUGGAAGAACCUGGAAUGAUAGCGUUUAUAGUGACACAUCUCCGAUUGUUCAACCGUUGAAUCCUAUGUAUACGUGUAGUGCUUAUCAUGAUCCGCCAAGGGAACAACUAUAUGAAAGGAUUGAUAGUCCAAAACAGCAAGUGACCAGUUCGAAAACGGAGUUGCGGAAGUCCGGACGCCAAAGAUCCAAAAGAAAGCCACGUGUGCUUUUUUCUCAGGCCCAAGUGUACGAGCUAGAACAACGGUUCAAGCUGCAGAAGUACCUUACGGCGCCCGAACGCGAACUAAUGUCCCAAGCGUUGAAGUUGACGCCUACGCAGGUCAAGAUUUGGUUUCAAAACAGAAGAUACAAAAACAAAAGACAAAAAAUUGUUGAAUUGGAAAAGAAGGCACAGACAGAACAAACAAACGGUGUCACCGCUACGGAAACUUCUUAUUACGUACCCAAGGUUCCUCCAAGUAAUUACGUUUUUCAGAAUAACUCGUCAUCAUUCACGUAUACUAAUGGUGAUUUUUAUAGUGGCGGUGAAUAUAACAUGUAUGGAUCUUUGCCAUAAAUUUAUUAUCGUUAUCUUUAGUUUAGUUAUUGUUAAAAAUGUCCAUUGUUUCUAAAGUAUCUAUAUUAUACAUUGUAUGUUCUUUUAUCGUAUUAUUUUGAGGACUGAUUUUUAGGCUUUAAUAUUAUGUUAGUUUUUAAUUUUUAUUGUGUUGGUUGUAUUUUUUAAUGUUGCAUUCAAUAUACUUAGGGCAUUUUUGUGCAGUUGCCUACCUAUUUAACGAAAACAAUCUGAUUAGAUGUGAUGCUAAAAAUUACCGAUUUAUGUAAAUAUAUAAAAAUAAACGUGGUAUUUUU